UAUUGGAGUCAUCUUCAACUUUCUUUUUUUCGUUAAAAUCUCCUUUUAGUUGCCUGAUGAUGUAAAUAUUGUUAAGUAACAUCGAAGUCAGUGAUUGUUGCUUCCCGUUCAUUUAUUUACAAUGGGUGAUAGCAGUGAUUCCGAAGAGUUCUACGAUGCCGAAGAGCUCACACCCAUUAAAGGUUCUAAGAGAGCAUCACUAUGCAGGAACAUAAGCCUCACAGACAGUUCCAAAGACAAGGAGAAGGAUAAACCAGCGGUAAAGACUGACUGUACACUGGUGGAGGCACCAAGUAUAGCUCCAAGCAUUUCCACUGCAGAAGUCGCCCCUCCGGAUAAUGACCAGAACACUGUUAAAAGUGUGGUGCAAGGGCGUCGGCGGUUCCAGGAGCUACGGCGCUGCAUGCAGACAGAUGAGGAUGACGACACGGUUGACGCCGCUGCCGAUCACCACUCCUUCACAGAUGUCACACAGCCGUUCAAGGUUAUAGCACAUGACACAAUGAGCCUUCAAAGUAUGACAUCUCUGGGCCGCAUUGGAAGGAUACUCAGUGGCGCUUCGGAUUCACAUCCGAACAUUCGCGAAGUGGCACAGGCGUCUGCGCCGCCGCGGGAAACUAACACACCUGAGGAACCUGUGCCAGUGGACAGAACACAGAAUGUGCUAGCGAUGGAGCCUGACGUGAUCGCCAGUACGAAGGCGAGCAGCGUGAAGCAAGCCGGUAGCGUCGUUACUGCGCCGGCAGGCCCGCUGCCGCCGCCGCGCCGCAAGAAACCCCGCAAACUGCACGGCUCUCAAUCGCUGUCUACAGCCGACGGCGACAAUCUCAGCGUGUGCACAAACGAUACCGACGACUACCGCUACGAAAGGAGGAAGCUCGAUUCCUUGUCGGUCGAGCCUCCACUACCUAAUUCCGUAAGCCAGUGCAUGGCGCUGCCGAGCCCCGCGAGCACCAUCGAGUCUCUCACGAGAGAGUUCCAGGAUUCGCUAGAACUCUCCACUUCCAAAUAUGCUCACGACAAGUCCUCAAUGAGUCACGAAUCGCGCACGUCGUCCCGCAGCAGUACCGGCGCCUCUAUGAGGCAGAGGCCUCCCGAGUCCACACUCGACAUUAAGGAGGCGGUCAGAGGUGACUACGUGGUGCGACCGGCGGACGAUGAACAGCGCUGUGGGUCGCGAACACAUAGCGAGGGACGCUCGCAGCUCUCUACAGGACACAGUAGCUUGGGCGGGAACACCAGACGAAGCAACUCAGAGUCGCUGGACGGCGGCCGGCGCCGCUCCGCGGGCGACGAGCAACUCGGCUUGGCGCUGCGGACUCACUCCACGUCGGGACAGCGAUUAACAGACAUGCAGAUACUCGAGCAGGUCACCGUGCUCAACCUGGACACAGGUGAAAGGGUGCCUCUAAGCGUGGCGGAGCACAAAAUACCUCAGUGCAUCAAUCCGCUGAGUCUUCACAUCAUGAGACUCACGUCGGAGUACAUAGGGCGUGCUAAUGACGACGAAAAUGCGAGCUUGGAACUGGCGCAAAAGUCGUGGCGCAAGCGUCUCUCUGUGUUCUCAAGAAAGUCUCUGACGCCGCCGGUCGAAAUGGGAAUCCCACCUGCGGAUUCUGACUUCAGUAUUAAUAUUAGGGAGACGGACGAGGAGAGCGAGAGCGUGUGCACGGGCGGCGGCGACGAGGACGGCAAGGAGGCCAAGCAGGCCGCCGACAGCAAGAACACUAUACGGAAGAAGACUGAAAAGCCACCCCCUACUCCAUUAGUGAAAAGUCACUCGCAAGACAGUAUAAACACGAAAAUAGUCCCCGAAGUGAACCACAACAGACUAAAACGGUUCCUAGGCAGCACAGUGAAAAAGACAGUAGACGCAGCAAAAUCGCUGGCACAGGAAGUGUCGCAUGCACGACACAAGGAGGAUGUCGCUGAUAUCGCGGAUGACGUGCGAGGCGAGCACAACAUCAAGCUGAAGGCCUCCAACUCGCACAAGGGGCCUUACGACUUCGACGGAUGCGUUCGUCACGUGCAGGAGAUGGGCAGCGGGCACUCGGGCGCCGUGUGGUGCUGCAAGUUCAGCGUGUGCGGCCGCCUGCUGGCCACGGCCGGCCAGGACCGCCUGCUGCGGGUGUGGGUCGCGAGAGACGCCUAUGCCGUUUUCCAGGACAUGCGCACAAAAUACAACGCAGAGCAGAAAUCGUCCCCCACCCCCUCCCAGGAGUCGCUCGCGUCGCUCACCGCGCCGCCGCCCAGCCCCGAGGACGCGCCGCUCGGCGCCUCCGCGCCCUUCCACCCGAAACCCUUCUGCACCUACUCCGGUCACACGUCCGAUUUACUAGACGUCUCGUGGUCGAAGAACUACUUCAUACUGUCCAGCUCGAUGGACAAGACCGUGCGGCUGUGGCACAUCUCGCGCGGGGAGUGUCUGUGCUGCUUCCAGCACAUCGACUUUGUGACGGCCAUCGUGUUCCACCCGCGCGAUGAUCGGUACUUCCUGUCGGGAAGUUUGGACGGGAAGCUGAGGCUGUGGAACAUUCCCGAUAAGAAGGUCGCUGUUUGGAACGAAGUCGACGGCAAAACAAAAUUAAUAACUGCCGCAAACUUCUGCCAGAACGGCAAGUUCGCCGUCGUCGGCACCUACGACGGGCGCUGCAUCUUCUACACCACCGACCAGCUCAAGUACCACACGCAGAUCGACGUGCGAUCCACCCGCGGCAAGAACUCCACCGGGAGGAAAAUCAGCGGCAUAGAACCCAUGCCCAACGACGACAAAAUCUUAGUCACCUCAAACGACAGCAGAAUAAGACUGUACGAUCUCAGAGACUUGAACCUCUCCUGCAAAUACAAAGGCUAUGUCAACGUUUCGAGUCAGAUUAAAGCGUCGUUCUCGCACGACGGGAAGUACAUAGUGAGCGGGUCGGAGAACCAGUGCAUUUAUAUUUGGAAGACAUACCACGACUACUCUAAGUUCACGUCGGUACGGCGGGACAGGAAUGAUUUCUGGGAGGGGAUUAAAGCGCACAACGCGGUGGUAACGUGUGCGGUGUUCGCGCCGAAUCCAGACCAUAUGAUCCGCAUGAUUGCGGAGAGAGAGGAAGAGGAGAAAGCCAGCAAAGGAAUCGAUGAUAAGGAGGAACCGAAGGGCACGGAAGGCAUGGUGUCCUCCUCACAGACGGGUCACGUGCUCGUGAGCACGGACUUCAACGGCUGCAUCCGCGUCUUCGUGCACAAGGCCAAGCCCAAACACUCCUCGCUACCCGCCUCUGCGCUCGCGUAACACAACACUGAUCAUACUCUUAACACGGAAUAAACGGAAUGUCAAGGCCAAAUCUAGGGCACUCUUGCCCAACACAUCUUAUAGUGCUAACACAUUAUCGCACCGCACCAAGGUCAUCCACAUACUAUCCUGUAAGUGAGAGCGAGUUCCCGUAAGAGUUAUUCUUUUCUCGCUCUGAUUUAAGUGAAGACACUCCAAGGGCGCCGUACGGUGCGGUCGUUUGUUAGCUACUUUACAGAAAGGCACACAAGACAGUCCAUAAGACAGUUUGAUCAUAGAUGUGACAUGUACACUGACUUCUGUGUUCCUUCUCAAGGCUCAAUAUAGGCCCUCGCACAAAAAAUAUGAUGCUUGGUGUUUGCUACAAACAAUCCAUGCCAAAUAUCACUCAACACGAACACGGCACCCUAUGAUGGGCCAUGUGUCAGGAUAUCAAAAUGAAAUCUGGUAUUUGUUGCUGUUUUUUUUCUUCCAUCAUAUAAAGCGUCUCUUAAAUUUCUGGUAUCUGUCAUCGCAUCGGACUUAAUAGUCUUUCCUUGUCCUCUCACUUAUUCAAUCUUUUAUUCAUUCUAACUCUUCUGUUGAUUGUUCUUAUAAUAAUUUUAAGGUUGAUUUGCGGAGUUCACGGUUUCGUUAUUUUAUUUCGCAACUACCAUUAAGCCGUUUUCACACAUCAUUAUUUGCCUCCGGGAGAAUAAACAGCAACAUAAAGCCUGGCAAAAUAGAGUAGAAAUUAAUAGGGGCGCCACUGUCUAUGUAAACCGUUUUGCAUGUGGCAACUGAUGAGUCACUUUCGAAUGAGAACAGUAAAUGUUGCAUGAGAGAAAUGGAACUACAUUUUUUUAAAUGUAGUUCCAUUUCUCUCCUAUUUUACCAGGCUGUAAUGUUCAAUUCUGGGGCGAGGGUCCACGUUAAUCACAUCUCAGAUGUCGAUAUUCUUGAAAUGUAGAGUCGCGUUCAAUUACACACGCUUAUACGAACAAAAGUUCUAAACACAACUCUAAUAUGAUGAGCAUAAAAGUGUGUUCGCAAUUGUACCUAGGCAGUUUAGCUUCAUAUCCCGCCCAUGUUAACUCAAACCUAAAAAUAUAAAGGAAUCGAAACAUUGCAAACAAAAUAUUAUUUUUUAGUUAUUUACGGUCGAAUGCUUAUGAAUAGUUAGGGUUUUAUAAUAACAUUUAUACUUGUAUUCCAUCUACUUGCAAUAUUUAUUACAGCCAUAUCAUAAAAAUCAAUUGUAAUUUAAGUGAUUUUUCGUAUAUUCUUGUUGAUGUCUGUCAUUUAAAAUUAGAGGAUUAAUUUUAUUUAUAUUUUUGAUGAAUGAAAUAAACGCCGUCAUUGACGUUGCCGUGAUUAUUAUUAUUGUAUCGUGCUUGCUUGCAUGCGAUAUACAGAUCUGUAUAUUAAAAUAUUGAGCUCGAUCUCAACUCAUUAAUUUUCAUAUGCGUAGGUAAACUAAAAUCACUGAUUUUUUUACUCAAUACGCAAACAGUUAUUUAUGAUUAAAAUAGAUAUCGAUACUUAUUUAUAUUGAAUAUUACAAAAUAACUUUAAUUAUUAAAUAAUUGGGGGCUUUUGUUAUAUUUUUUUAGUCAGGAUGUGUAUUGGUUUUAUAAUUGAGGUAUUUUUGAGGUUGUAUCAUGUCAUUAUUGUUAUUAAAGUUUUUCGAAAUCCUGUCAAUCUUUUAACCAGCUAACCGUCUCUUAGCCACGCCUAAAUGAGGUUUAUUUAACCCUUACAGAGGCGGAGCUGUCAAAAUUGUUGCCAACUUUUCUUGGCCUGAUUGUAGUGAUCAAAAUUGUUAAAGGGCAUUUUCAGAAUUUAGGACCCAAAAGUAGCGUAAGUUGUUAACAAAAAUUAACUCGAUUUUGUAACGCCAAUUAAGUGUAAAAUGUGUCUAAAAAUUAACUUUAUUCACGUUCUGAAUGUGGAUUAUCGCUUAAAUAUUAUGUAAUUAACACAAAAAAAUUUUUUUAUUGAAAUUUCAUGCUUAAUCAUCGUCACAAAACUGACAGAGAGUUAAUUUUUGUUAACAACUUACGCUAAUUUUGGGUCCCAAAUUGUGAAAAUACCUAAAAGCUUUUUAUUACAUCCAAUAGUAUAAUUUAAGGGGAUGUAUAAAACGUCAUAUAUUACACACGCUUUCUUGAUAUUGUACAACGUUAACAUUUAUUGCAACACAGUAUGACAGUACUCAUUUCUGACGACGUCUGCUUAAGUUUAAAGACAAUAGAAUUAGAACUCGUAUUGCUUAGUACUAAUGGAGGUUUCAUAUUUACUUCUCAUAUAUUUUUAAUAAGUUCUUGCCUUAACGAGUAAACCCAUGUGAUUAUAGUAAGUGUACAUUUAUUAUUUAGUAUUGUAUUGUACAGAUCGCGAUGCCAUUGUAAUGUCAUAUGAAUGAUUAUCAUAUAUUUGUAACUAGUGUUUACCUCAAUAAAAAACUGGU